AUGCACAUUUUAAUAAAGUACCUCUGGAUAUUCUUCUACCUGUGCGCCGGCGACGAUCCUCUACCCAAAGAAGUUGUGGUAUGCUCCUUCACCCUCCUGGACCCAGCAAGCCGAGUCACCGACAAAGCCACCUCCGACAAAGCCACCUCCGACCAAGUCACCUUCGACUAA